AUGGGAAUGCGAAAGGUCGAAGGAGUCGAUGGCUGGCUCGGGCGACGUAGUGAGCUGGUGCACGACGCGCUUCUUGAAAAUGAGCGGCGCAUGCUCCACGAUCUGAGCGGGGCCGGGCUCAGCUUCGCUGUUGGAUUGGCUCGGUACGCUCGUCGGAGGCUCGACCUGUAUGGUAGCCAGCGCAUCGACGUGCUCACCUCGAGCGCUGUGCCCGGUUUGUGCUCGGGUGGCGGAGGGUCUGCCCGGAGGCGUAAUGAAUGUGAUGUUCGGCAUGUCCCCGAACUUUCCGAAGUUGACCGACCUAAGCUCGACGGAGCAUCCGAUGUGUGCUUCUGUAGCUACAGCACAAAGCGCAGUCCGACAGCGGGAGGUAGCAUGCAGUGUCUUCUUUCUCUGUGUAAAGAAAAGGGUAUAGCUGAACUGUGCCCUGGAUCAACGGCGACAAAUCGACGGGAAGAGCUGCAUCGGAUCGAAGACGGGCCUGAGCAGGAGACCGCAGCAACCCCGUGGCCGCAUCUGAGGAGCGCCGCCGCCACCAUCAUCGCUACCACAAAUGACGCUCCCGGGCAGAGAGGCUUAGCAGUCGAUGCUGCAACUGACACUCGACCAGCAGCCCGCGGUGCAUUGCUAUUGAUUGCAGCAUCGGCAGACAGUUUUGUCAUGCUUGGCCUACUGCGACUUCCGAGCUUUGCGUCUUUCCUCAGAAGGGACCUGCUUGGCAUGGCGUCGAGACGGGACGGCACCGGCAACGCCGAAGACUCAAAGAAGGAGAAGUCGCAGCGACUCGUGUUCGUCUUCGCGUCCAGAGCAAAGCAGUCGCAGAUGGUCGCAGAAGCCCCCCUGGAAAAUUGA